UAAAGAUUAACUGUUGCAUCUCUCUGCUAGUUGCGCACGCUGUGCAACAGCGACACACACGCGAACAGGUACCACACGAACAAAAUGACGAUGACAGCGAUCUGUUUCGUCUGCAACCUUCCGAUCCUCUCCCAUCAAGUGGGUUUAGUAUGGCAGGGGGGCAAUGGCUGGGACGACCUGGUGCGCGAACAACUGGAAGAAUCAACCAUUCGUCAACGACUGGGAGGUCGAAGAGAUUCAUCAACCCAGAUAUGCAGCAUAUCACCACCGACGGAUUUACAAGAAGCGUCACCACCAGUAGGAAGCACCACUCGCAGGAGACGUUCCUCGUUAGCUCAACUUACAGAUAUUCUAAGGGAAUGGGGUGGUUCUACAAAGAUGCGUCAGAAAGCACCCCUCAACAGACGAGAGACUCUGGCAGAUCUUGCCCGAAGUUUACCAUGGGGCAGACAAUCCACCACCACCGAAACAGCAGGUCCUACACCUAGCAUAAGCACCAGAAAACGUCGCGAAUCUAGCGCUGACUCUGGCAUAAAAAGCUUAGGUUCGAAAUUUCGCCGAGACUCUCAUACUACCGCCAUAUCCGACUUCCGUUCGGAAGUUGCCAAAUUAUGGGGUCGUAGAGAGUCUACUGCUACCAAUACCAUAAUGACACCUGCCACAACCACCACUACAACUAUUGUUACUACCCGGAGAGAUUCGGGAGAAUCAGGAGGAGGAGGACGUCGAGACUCCAUCACACAUUCGAGAGGGGCAUCCAGAAGAGGUUCGGGCGAGAGUUCAGGCAGAAGUGGACGCCGAGAUUCUGCUUCCACUAAUUACACUCCACCACCUCCUAAAAUCGUUGCCACCCAUAAAAAACAUAAAGAAUCUAAACCGAUGACCGAAUCUGUUACAUAUUACAGACAAGAUCAGAGACCGUCUACUUCUUCCACGGCUUCCGAUUCUGGACAAUGCUCCGGCACAAGUAAAACGGAUGUCCUCCUGCCAGUUGCAAAAUCGGAACUUGUAUCUCCUCGUCAAGAGAGAUCACCAUCUGCACCAGCUGAACUCCAAGUCACCCCCACCAUUAUCACUUCCAGCGUAACCCCUCCCGCUACAUCCCCCACUGUACAAGCCACUACUCCUACUCACCCCUUGCUUUCCACGAGGAGAGACUCAACAACUCAGUGUGGCAGAAUGUCCCGCAGAGACUCUCGGAACCACGCCAGCCCUGAAAGAUCAUCCAUAAGAUUGUCUCGUCUUCAGCGCCAGAGCACCACCUACGAUGAAAGUUGUCUUCCAGGAGCCACGAGCAGAAGAGGUUCGCAACCUGGAGCGCUCAGCCCAGACGUAGAUCCUGAAAGCGGUCGGAAAGCUAGAAGGGACAGUCUUAGCCCAGAUUCAGCUUCCAGAAGUCGAAGAGAUUCCAGGUCACAUCUGAGUCCGGACCGUUCGGGCGAAAGGGAACUCAGCCCGAGACGUCAUCGACGAGGACGAUUGAGAAGACAAUCAACCAGUGUGGCAGGAAGACGCAGAAGUCACCGGUCACCCGAUUCUUCCAGUUGUUCCUCCAGAGAUCCCAGCCCUUGUAACAAAAGCGUGGUGCCGCCUCCACCUGAACCGUAUCGCCCAACUAUUCGAAGACAAUCCACCACUGAAGAAAUACUGAUCGCACGAGGUUUUCGUCGCCAGUCGACCACGGAAGAGAUGAUCCGCUGCAGAAAUUUCAGAAGACAAAGUUCCCAGAGCGACGACUGCACCCGGCAUCGAGGACGACGUGAUUCCGCCACCCAAAUAUUGGACGGGACGGUUGCGUCCAUGACUGUUGAGACUACAAGUACGUUCUUUGAUUCAAGUACGCAAACAGAGCCGUCACCGCUGUACGAUAACAACCACUAUCACGAGGAAUGCCUGCGGUGCAACAGCUGCGGUCUGAACCUGACGGGUCCAAACCAGAAGCGAGCUCGUCGCUUCAAAAACCAGAUCCUGUGCGACCUGCACUUCGCUGACGUCGCCCUUAUGGAGUGUUCCGACUUCAUGCAGCAACUGCGCUCCUUCAAACCACAAUCACUUGGUUGCGCCGUAGCCAGAAGGAAGUCCUCGACCACCCUCAUCUUCCCUCUGCCACCACAAGCUUGUUCCGACGAGUUCUGCGAAGAGUUUCCCCAUAAUUUUCUUCCCACUCCAGGCUACUGGAUCGAAUGUUCCAGGCAAAAAAUCGCUUCUGACACGAUUUGGGAUGAGAGCGAAUCGGAUAGGGACUUGCCGGAAGGAGACGAAGAAGAACAAAAUGGCACCGACGAUAACGGUCACAAAGGUAAUGAUCUUUAUGAAGGUGAAGAAGAUGAAGACUCCACUUCUCCAUCUCCACGGAAGAAGACAACAAUAGAGGAACAGUGGGAAAAGAACGGUUGUUUCGAACUCACAAGUGUUGAACAGGAAACGUACGAGAAGUAUUUUUACGGAACUGAACACUGGAAUUAUUUCACCAACGACGAAGAUUUAGGUCCAGUUAUACUGUCCAUCAAACAGGAAACGUUAAAUGGAAGAGAUCAGUUCAGAAUAUUAGUCCGAGCAAUUAGCUACACGGUACACGGUUUGAUACCAGCCAGCUGUGUUUUCGCCGACAGAUACAACCGAGAAGAGGUAGUCCGAUCCUUGGGAAAAGAAGUCAAUAUUAACCCACCCCUGACCCUUGGUCAACUGCCUGAUACUCCUGAGGAACUACUUAAACUCGAUCAGGUUUUCAUAAAGUCGGAAUUAAAAGUUGGCGUCAUCUACGUGAAAGAAGGUCAGUACACAGAAGAAGAAGUCCUGGACAAUAACGACAACUCGCCGUUAUUCGAGGAAUUCCUUCAAAUCAUAGGCGAAAAGAUCAGACUGAAGGGCUUCGACAAAUACAAAGGCGGUCUUGAUACUGUACACGAUUUAACAGGAUUAUAUUCAGUUUACACCAACUGGAGGAAUAUAGAGAUUAUGUUCCAUGUGAGCACUUUACUGCCAUACGAGCGUCAUGACCCCCAGAAGCUCCAGAGAAAGCGUCACAUUGGCAACGAUAUUGUCUGUGUGGUAUUUUUAGAAGCAGACAACACUGCGUUUUCACCUGCCUGCAUCAAAAGUCAUUUUCUUCACACUUUCAUCCUCGUUCGAACGUCACCUCGUAUAAAACGUCGUCCAACUCGUUACGAAAUAUCGGUGGUCACAAGGGACGAAGUCGGGGCCUAUAAACCUUAUUUAUGGGAGCAGAGUGUAUUCGACAAAGGACCAAUGUUCCGCGAAUGGCUUCUUACUAAAAUAGUCAACGGUGAGCGAGCCAGUUACUCUGCCCCCAAGUUCGCCAGGAUGCAGGAAAGGACAAGAUCGCAAAUGCUCGAGGACAUUGUCGCAAAUCUUCAAAAUCACGCAGAAACCGGACAAAUACCGAAACCGUACAGACGAGGUUCGUGGAGACCAAUAGGGCACAUGCGACCGUCGUCGCCUUUGUUGGACAGCGUGCGCGAUCAGUUCGAAGAUUACGAUCAACUAGCCAAGGAUUUCACUCGCGCCUUCCUCAACACGGAAUCAAACACGUUGGCGAACGCUCAACUAUUCGAUAUCGUUUUCUUAGUCGGACAAUCAAAGCAGAAGGUAAAGUUCAUAGGCGUCCGUGCGAUUUUGGGAGUUCGAAGCAGGGUAUUUCAAGAAAUGCUCUACGGCAUUCAAACUGGAUUCGGUUCACCCCAAGUGCCAGUGGCCGAACUAUUAGCAAGGCCCGUUCCCACCCUUUUAAGUCCCCAACAGUCCAGGCCCAAGAGCAGUAAUUUCCUGCAGGUCCCCGACAUAGAAUCGCCCCGACCGAAAAGCGUUCCCAAUUCUCCCAUGGUGAAGAGAGCUUUCUCCAGACUGGGCACCAUCACCGCCGGAUGGGGCAAGUCAAUGAGGAAGCAGCACACACAACAUCUCACGCCCGACGACAAAAAGAAAUGGUCCAGCAGUCAAGAUUGUUCGGAGAAAGAUGGUAAAGACAAAGAAGGCAAAGAAAGGCCAAACGUAGCUCAACUGCCAGUUCCACGAUUAAGUGUUUGCGCAGAUGCCCAAAAGGUGGACAGGGCGAAACUGGCGCAGACCGAAUUUUCGAUAAUCGAAUUCGAUCCGGACACGUUUCGUAUUCUUCUCGACUAUCUUCACACUGGUUCCUGUCCACUGACGUGCGCCACAAUACCUGGGCUUAUUUGCGCCGCUGAACACUACGAUCUACCUGAAUUACUCCAAGCCUGCUUCCAUCAUGCGAAACAGUUCCUCAGGAUAGAGGUGGUGUGCUGUAUGUUGGGCUCGUUGGAAAAUUACUAUUGGAGAUACACGUCCGCCUCGGAGUUGGUGAACAUGAUCCUUGCCUUCGUUGAAACUCGAGCGUAUGCAUUAUUUCAAACUACUGAAUUCUUAACGCUCAGCGAGUCCAUGGUACAAAUGAUAAUGUGCCGGAAUUUGGAAGUUCCAGAGAUCAGGAAGUUCGAAGCGAUGUUAAACUGGGCGAAACAUAAAAUAAAAACGAAAACUUCUAGCAAGUUGGACGCCAAGUUGGAAUUCAAAUGCAUUAUGGAACGGUUAGCACGCGAUCUGAAACUUUACAGGAUAUCGCCGCAAGAACUGAUAAAGAUUGUUCUGCCAUCGAAGGCGAUCAAAAACGAGAGGAUAUUGGAAACGUUAAUGUUUCAAGCCAACUCGGGCAUGUAUCGCAUCCAAGACUCUUAUAUAAAAGAAGCAACGCAAAGACUGCAGAAACAAGACUCAAAAUUUUCUGAAUGGGAAUCGUUCGACUACAGUGCGUAAAAAAAGUAAAUCCGUGACACCACAGACAAUCAUCAACAAGUAGCAAUUAAGGCAUGCGACACGACACGACACGACGCGGCGCGGCGUGGAGUGCGCUAAAUUACAUAAUAAGAAAGAAGUUAAUAAACAAGAAUUAAUUAAUUAAUUAAUAAUUACUUAUAUAUUUAUGGUCGCGACAUGUAGCAAUUUGUACGUACCUAAUACAUCUAUAUGUGUGCGUGUGUGUGAUUGCAGGACAAUCUAAUCGGGAUAUAAGUGUUUGCCUUUUGUGUAAAAAUUUUUAAAUGGCGUCAUUUUUACUGUAGAUGCGUAGAUCGGGGUGGAAACGUUCAAACGCGCAUUUAUUACAGUAACGUGCUGGAAACGUUACAAUAAUAAUAAUAAUAAAAUUACAUAAAGGGAAAAUGCAAUCAGGCAAAACUAUUGCCUUCUAUUUUUAUAAAAUCAGCUGCAAUUUAUACCUUCUUCCCUUUUGUGAACUUAAAAAGUGUGCAAGAUACUGCUACUAUUAAUAUUUUACACCAACAAAUGUUUAAUAUCGUAUUAAAUUAUUCUCUGGAUAGAAAUAUUACCUUUUGUAUCUUAAUAAUAUAAUAUUGUUGAAAUUUUGGUAUGUUGUACAUCUUAAAGUGGUGACUAAAAAAACAUAGAAAUAUAUGCUGGGUGGGAAAUCAUUUCUUCACAUAGUUUUCGAGGUUUGAAAAAAGUUAGUAGUAAUACAACCCAACCCGAACCAUAACCAACCAAAUCGAUCAAAACUAAGGGUUCUUUUUUUGGUGUUCUCGUUGUCGUAUACAUAUUUUAUUUGUUUAGAGCAAUUUAAACAACAAAAAGAAGGUUAAUUUGGUUAGCUAUAAAUUGGAUUAGGUUGUUAUAUUUACUGUAUUCAAACGUGAAAAAUAUAUAUAUUUAAUCAAUAUACUAAACAGUACAACAUAGGGACUAAAAUAUCAAAUAAAUCGGGGAGAUAUGUACAGGUACUAACCGAGACUAACAUGUAUGGGUCGCGCAAAGACAACCGGCAUUAGGGCGUACUUCAUUUGCAGCGAUCAUACACGGUCACUGGCGUUUGAAACACGCACUCUUUCAUACCACCCCACGUAAAGAAGUCAAGCGGAUUCAGAUGAAGAUUACGCGCCAGCCAAGGUACAGGAUCCGUACUAGAAACUCACGCAUUGAGCAUACAAUAAUACUAUUGUACACUGACCUAUGACACUAACACACUGUCAAUGACUUCGACUAACUACAUGCAUGCAAGCUUACAAUGUUAGACGAACAAAGAAUUAUUGUAGACUGACUGACUAACAUAAACGUUGUACAAUGAGUUGGCUUGUUUUACUUACUUUAUUCAGACCUCAAAAAUAUAUUUUUGGUCAAUACGCUGAACUGUACAACAUAAAUAUUAAAAUGUAAAGAAAAUGGGAGGUGAGUAUAGGUACUAAUAAACUUCUUUUUAAAUUAUGUAAAUGCAACUGUAACGAAAACUAAUUUAAACGAAAACAUGUGUAAUAUAUAAAAAAAUGACACGCAUGAAGUCUGAAGUUUCCACUUUGGUCUACUUUACCUCUGCCUUUAAUUGUUGCGACUCUUUUAUGUAUAUACUUAUUGUGUAAAAUGAUCGUAUUAUCGCUGCUUAAUAUUGUGAUAUGAAAGCUCAAAAUCAAAACAGAUCAUUAAGCAGUUUUGUUUCAAUAAAUCUUUAUCGUAGGUACGGAUCAGCCUAAAUAGAUUUUAUUAAGUUGUUUACUCAAUAAACAUAAUUAAAAAAAAUUAUAAUCACAAAAACAAUCGUACUAAUUUAAUAAUAAUGAAACAGUAA